UUUUUGUGAGCACAAAUACGACGCCGGGUCGGGUCAGGAGUGCAGUGUAAUAGUAGUAUACGACGUCGCCCCGUGCCAGUUUCGCCGUAAGAAGCAAGUUUGAACUUUCACUAACUAGAUCGGAAUCAAUUUGUUCCCCUUACCAAUUUCCGGCUGUGAAAAUCAAUAGCUACAUCGACCCUACGAUCUUCUCAGAUGGUGGACGACACGACGAAACCUUCGACUGAAGAGAUUGUGGAAAAGAACGAAGAAGCUCAGCAACCUCCAGUGCCAGGAAGCGCCGGCAGUGGUGGAGGCUGGGGAGGCUGGGGAUUUUCUGCGUUUUCUUAUAUCUCGGACAUUCAGAAAGCUGCUACCACCGCUGCUGAAGAGAUCUCCCGCAAUGCCGUUGAAGCAGCUAAAACAGCUGCAAAAAGCCUUGCAGAUGUGCACAAUGCUCUGGAAGACACUGAAUCCUUGAAAGAGGAUGACCGAGAAGUAUUGGUUGAAGAGGAAAGUGAAGAUGAGAAUGACAAAAAACGUAAGGCUGCUUUAGAAAAAUUAGAGAAAGCUGGUGAAGACUCAUUGCUUGGCCAGGGUUUGAGAGUUAUUGACCAUUCAGUCGAGAAUUUCACUUCAGGAGCUUGGCAAGCAUUAGGAAAUGCAUUCAAAGGAGGUUCUGAUUUAGUCCACAAGCUUGAAAAUUCGGCUGCAAGUAUUGCUGGAUCAGUUCAGCAUGGUGGCUUACCUGCCACAACUGGUUCCGUUGCACCAUCCAUACUAGAGACUGGAAAAGCUUUUACUGCUAAAGGAAUGCAUGUGCUUGAGCUACUUGGAAAAGAAACUAUGGAUCUUCUGAUCUCAGAAACUGGUAUUAGAGUUGACCCAGGUUCCAAAGAAGGGGGAGGAGAAGCAAAUGAAGAUCAGUUUUAUGAAGAAGUUACAUUUGAUAGAUGCUUUUAUAUAUAUGGAGGUCCUGAGCAAUUGGAGGAGCUGGAGGCAUUGUCCAACCAUUAUGCUUUGUUGUUCAACAGAAGAAAAGCAAAGAUUCCAUCUGAUCAAAGGUCUUCAUAUGAUGGAAAACUUAAAGAGGUUCAGCAGAUUUUUGACUUGAGUUCUGAAGUAUAUGGAAGUGGUAAAGAGUCGGGAAAAGGGAAGGAAGUUGAGACUGGCAUUGCAGACAGCACAGAUGAGGUGAAGAAUUUGCAUGAAUCUAGUGUGAACAAGGCUGCAGAAUUGGCAGCAGGAUUUACAAAUGUUUUGGUUGGACUAGCUCCUAAUGACAUGGUUCAAAGGACUAGUCGAAGACUGGAUACUCUUCAUUCAGAGGGUGUUCAUAGACUUUCAGAGUUGUGUUGUUUUGCUGCGACUCAACUUGUAAUGCUUGGGAAAUCAAUCAUUUCAACUGCAAAUAAAGUUGCGGACCAAGAUGCAAAUGCGGAAAUUGUGAAAAUGGAAUGGCCUGAGGAUUCAAUUGAAAGAGCUAAGGUAAUCCGAAUGAAGGCAUGUUCAAUGACUGGAUGUGUUGAAGCAGUUUCUUCCAGCUUUAUUACAGGGAUAUCGGAAGUGGCCGAAGCAUAUUUAGCAGCAGCGAAGGGUCUAUGUGCUGAUUCACAUGAGGUUCCACAGAAAUCAAUCCAGGAGAAGGCCAAUGCAUAUGCUGAGAAUCUUCGUGCAGCUCAUAGCACAGCCAUAGGCAAAAUUCAGGAUGGCCUUAAUUAUUUACCCUAUGUGGUCAUCUCAACCUCAAUGCCUGCUGCUUGAAAAAAUUCUUGAUGCAAAAUUUCACACUUAGUGCUUCUUUUAGCUUUCGUUUUUCUCUCUCCUCCUCCUCCCCUUCCCCUUCCCCCUCCCCCCCCCCCCCUCCCUCUCUCUCGUGUAAAUAACUGUAUUUGGUAAGUUCUUCCUAUACCUUUAUCCCUUGAGAUUGUACAAUCUGGGAGUGCUGUCUUCCUUUCUUCAUAGGAUGAACUUGUAUGAUAUCUUCAUCAACUCUUAGCUACAGAGAGUGUACUUUCCUUUCUGUUUUUAUCUUAAGGAAAGAAAUAAAUUUUAUUUUGAUGGACGAA